AACACGCACACAUUGUACUUCUGUACCCUGCUACCCAGGCCUCAUGGCAGCCACCGGUGGAUAAGCCGCUCGUGUGCUCUUCUGCUCGCACGCCAUCAAGGGCGAUAAAAGCCGUCGAGACCGCACUAUUGGGACCUCUCCACCCACACGUGGUCAAUUCACAGCUGCCAAAAUGAGCGCCUCUGUAUCGCCAACAAUCGUGAUUGGCAGUCCGCUCAAAUCAGUCCGGCCAGAACACAUGUGCCGUGGUCUACGAGUAUGCUUUUGCUGCGAUGGCGCUUGAAGUCUGGCUACAAGAGGUGGAUAGGAGGCAACGGACUGGAUCAGGAGGACCUCGAGUCGCCUCGCCCUUCACAUAUCAAAUCAUGGCGACGCCCCAGGAAGCUUUGUCGUAGCUUCCUUUCCGCACACAGUCUCGGUACAUAGUCAAUCGGUCCAAGAGCUGCGUUGUUGAGGCACCAUGUCGCCUUCCAUGUCUCCGGUCGACAACAAAGACGAACCUACCCCCAUUGGAGUUUCCGUCGUCGAAGUCAAUCCUUCGCUGAGCAGCCGCGAUGGACCAGGGCCGAACGCAGGUUGGACAGUCGAUGAGCAAUGGCAACCGGGAUUCUGGAAACGCUUUCCCUGGGUCGGAUUCGGAUGCCUCUUCAUGGUUGUCGUCUUCUCGGUCGUUGCGAUUGUCGUUUUGACAGUAUCAGACAACAGAACCCUCUCAUCGUGGCCCCAGAAGAUGGCCCCCAAUGUCAUCCUCUCCGUAUGCAACAGCGGUGCUAGCGUUUGCAUUGCCAUCGCCGUGGCACAGGGCAUCGCCGUGUCCUGGUGGAGAAGAGCAAUGAAAGGCGCGACAAUCGCGGAUCUGCACAACACUUGGGCCUUUGGCAGCAGUAUUGCAUCCGUCGUGCUGAACGUCAAGUAUUUCAACAUCGCAGCCCUCGCCGCCAUUGUCACAAAACUUACAAUCAUUGACGGCAUCCUCUUCCAGCGCUCCACCAGUACCUACAUUAAACUAGGACCCGAGCACAACAUCAGCGUCACCACAUAUCCCACGCCACAGCUUCCUCCCACCGGCAGGCUGAAUGCUGCUGGUAAUGAAACAGACCUGUUGUCCUUUGCAUUUACCUACGAUGUUAUCAGUUGGGCCAACUCUGCCUAUGGCCAGCCCUACCAACCCUAUGGAUUCACCGAGUGUGAGGGCAAUUGUAAUCUCACAGUCCUUGCCCCCGGAUAUAUCGCUACUUGUGAGGAUCACCACACACAAAGGCGACGAGUUGAUCCGGUCGGUGUUGCUUCGGUAAACGUCGGGCCUAAUAAGACUCAUAUAAAUGCCGAGACCACGCUAUUCAGUGUCAACUUCAACACCACAUUUCCGACGGCUGCGAAGAACUAUACUUGGAUCGGCCUCAACUUCACAUAUUACAAUGCCGACGAUCGGAAUGCAUCGAGCCUGACACUGCAAUGUCCUAUGACGAUAGUGACGAAGCAAUGCGAGCUGAGAGAGGCAAUGCUGAAAUACCCAAUCUACGUGGAGUUUGCCAAUAGCAGCACCGUGUCCGUCAACACAACGGGCUCACAAACAACUGUCUAUUUUGGUACCGCAGACCCAAUUCUGGGAACCCUGAAUGCCCCUUCUGCGGACUUUGCAUACAAAAAGGGCCAGAUCCCUGGAUUUGACUUCCAGUGGUGGAUUGCGAAUGAGACAGCGUGGAGACCUACAAGCAUGGCCGACACUCGCACCGGAGGGAUCGCUCGCGCCCUGUCUGAUCGCUACACAAGCUCUGCGACGUUGACUACGACAAGCAACGAUACGGAUUUCAACUGGUACAUCUCCACUACGGGCCAAUUAUCCGGCACGGAAGAAUGGGACGACAACUAUGGUAAUUGCCCUUACACAUAUAUUGACCCGAUGACAGAAGUGAUGAUGGGACUGAACACGCUGACCUUCCUCACCGCAAAUGAUCUAUAUAACCGCCCGGAGAUCCUGGAUUCCACGAUGACAUGGGAUGCAUGGGCCAAUAAAAGCGGCGUUCUGACGGAAGCCACUCAGCGGAAAAACGAGGUGUAUUACCGGACAAAGUAUGGGUGGAUGUUUGGUGCCCUCGCGUCUACCCUCGUUUGUGUCCUGUUGGUCCUCCCGUCAUACUGGGGAUUCUGGGAGCUGGGACGGAAGGUGACGCUGAACCCCAUCGAGGUGGCCAACGCCUUCCAGGCUCCUGCCUUUGCGCCAACCCAUCCAAGGAGCGGCUUAGCGGAUGACAUCGUCAAAGUGGCGGGCGAUCGAGUGGUGAGGUAUACUGUCGCCGAGGCCUCGGAACGCGGCAGAAACUAUAGGAUCGUCCCUCUGUGA